AUGGCGUCCCACCUUGAUCAAGUUGAGCCAUCUGAGCAGUCCAAGAAUGCUCUCUUUAUCGUCUUUGUCGCCGGUCGGAAGGCGACCCAAAGGGGAAGGAAACUCCGGCACUGGGACUUAUCCGAAUCCGAACAAAACUCGGCCGCAAAUAGUUGGCCGAUCACUUCGUUUUUGUAUACAGACAUACCAUACUUUCGUUCUUUGCGGGCACAUCUCACCAUGGCGAAGAAGGCACUGGCUAAAGAUCAAAUUGUCAAGCUCAUUGUCGGAGCUGGACAGGCCAGUCCCAGUCCCCCAGUCGGUCCAGCCCUGGGUAGCAAGGGUGUCAAGAGUAUGGACUUCUGCAAGGAGUUCAACGCCAGAACCGCGCACAUCAACACCGGAGUCCCCAUUCCCGCACGAGUCACCGUUCGUCCUGACCGAUCCUUCACCUUCGACCUUCGAACCCCAACGACGACAUAUCUCCUCCUGCAGGCUGCGAACGUGGAGCCCCGCAAGAACCGCAUCCGCGGAGCCAUGAAACCUGGCCACGAGACCGUCGGCAAAGUGUCCCUGAAGCAUGUGUACGAAAUCGCCAAGAUUAAGCAGUCCGAGACGAGAUUAUCAGGUCUGAGUUUGCAGGGAUUGUGCAAGAGUAUUAUGGCGCAGGCAAAGUCUAUUGGCAUCCAGGUUGUGCCUUGA